AUGCAGCCAGGUGGUUGGGUGACUAUCACCACCACCACCACCAUCACCAAUUCAAAGUGUAACCUUGGUUUAAAUGCAACUUCCAAUAGGGUGUGGAUAUCAACGUGCGCUCUAAGAUAUUCCAUCAGCUUUGCGGGCACAUUGUUGGUCCGGCAGCCGCGCAAUGCGGACGUGCGUACAGAACUGGCGGGAGAGGUGACCAAAAGCUUUGUAGCUGCGAAAUUCGCAGCUUGCGAACAAGAUAUUGCUGAUAAUUUCGCAGCUAUCACGGCGGACUCCGACAUAACAGUUGAGAAAAAUGUUCAAAAGCCUAACAGCCAAGAUGUGUAUCUUAAAAGUUGGAGUGAAAUGCCAACGCAUCUGCAGUUUAAUCCACACAUUAAGACGGGAUACCGACCAAUCACUGAUAUCAAAGGAUGUCUCGUGAGCCUUUUUUAUUUUCACAAUGAAACUGUCAAUAUUUUAACUCACGGUCUAGCUAUUUUAUACAUCUUAUUGAGAAUUCCAAAUUUUUUACCAUGGUGGGACGAAGGUGUUUAUCUGGGAAUUAUUUCCUGGUGCCAUUUUAUUGGUGCCAUAAGCCCAUGGAUUGGUUCUUUUACUUAUCAUCUGUUUAUGAAUUUAAACUAUGGCGAAGCUUUCUACAAAAAACUACUCAAACUGGAUAUGUUGGGAAUUUGGGUCUGUCAGAGUGUUGGCGCAGUGCCAAUGAUAUCUGCAUCAGUUCACUGUCUUCCAGCGGUUCUUUGGCAUUUAACAAUGCUCAUAUAUGUCUUCUUGAGCCUCUGGGGUCUAUUAAAGGCAAUGAAAGCUAAAUCACCAUGGGAGAGAAGGCUUUGCUUUUCGCCUCCGUUUAUGAUGCGCAUGAUCUUUUUGGUAUUAAGAUAUUUUAAUGUUGGUGGAGGUGCACCCGAUGGCCUUACACAUAUCAUACUUCAAGAUCUCGUCGCAGUAAUUGGUGGAACAGUUGGAGCGUUAAGGAUACCAGAAAAAUGGUUACCAGGUCAAGUAGAUUUUAUGUUAAAUUCCCAUAACAUUAUGCAUGUCAUAGUAGUUGUUGCUGUUUGGUCAAUGCACGAAGCAACGAUGCAGGAUAUUAAAUGGAUGAUGGAUCCAUCAGUAUGUCUAGUUUCUUCUUCUACUUCCUCUUCGUCUUUUUCUUCUUCUCCAAUAAUUCGCCAUGAUGAAUUAUAAAAUUUGAUUCUAAUGAUUCCCAUGAAGAAAACUGUGAUUAUCAAUUGAAAUCUCAGAGAUAUACGAUAAAAUCUGUGAUUAAACUAGAAAAAUAUGAAAAAAAAAAUCUACAUAAAUCAUUGAAUGCAGGAAAUGAUCUGCACAUUAAAAAAAAACUAUUUAUUGUUUAUUACUAUUGUUAUUAAUUUUUUUCUUACUAUUACCACUAUGGAUGAAGAUAAUAUUAAAAUAUUACGUAGGAAUUAAUGAUAAUAAAUAAUUAUUACACAUUUGAUUGUGAUUUAAUAGAAUAAAUUUAAUAGAGUAAAUUUACUAUGUUGGAAAUAAUAUGUUGAAUUUCCUUCGUAUGGAUCCAACUGAUAUAAUAUU